AUGAUGAAGCUCCUGCUCAUCCUCACCCUGCUGGCUCUGUACUGCAGGCCUGCAAGCGGCUCAUGGGAAGGCUGUGGGGCGAGCUGCGGGCGCCAGCUCAAGGCUUCUUCCUCUGGGCUGUUGCGCGUCGUGGGUGGCACAAAUGCGGCUCCGGGGACCUGGCCCUGGAUCGUCAGCCUCCAGCGCCCCUGGGGAAAACGCACCAAGCAUUUCUGUGGAGGGUCCCUCAUCAACCCACAGUGGGUGCUCACAGCAGCCCACUGCUUUGACAAGUUCAGGAAAAUCGCCAAGUGGCGCGUGGUGAUCGGGACCACAAAGUUGUCUCAGCUGGGCCCCGAGGCCCAAGUGCGACGCAUCAAGCGGCUGCUGCGUCACAAGGCCUACUGGCAGGCCACAGCUGAGAAUGACAUUGCUGUGCUGGAACUGGACCAGCCCAUCCAGUGCAAUGAGCACGUCCAGCUGGCCUGUUUGCCUCAACCCGAUGACGUGAAGCUGUCGGAGCUGAAAAACUGCCAGGUGGCUGGUUGGGGAUCCACAGUUGCACGAUCCACAGAACCAGAAAUAUCCGAUGUGCUGCAGGAGGCCAAGGUUCACCUCAUCGAUACCAAGCUCUGUAACAGCAGCCAGUGGUACACAGGGGCUGUGCACAGCUACAACCUGUGUGCCGGGUACCCACAGGGUGGUAUCGACACCUGCCAGGGUGACAGUGGUGGUCCCCUCGCCUGCCAAGACAGCCACGCUGACUACUACUGGGUCGUUGGACUGACCAGCUGGGGGAAAGGCUGUGCAAGAGAAAAACAGCCUGGCAUCUACACCAGCACUCGGCACUUUUAUAACUGGAUCCUGGAGCACAUGGGACGGCACCAAGAAGAGGCAGCAGCUCCUCCACUGUCACAGCCUGUGUCCACCUCAGCCCCCUCUCAGACACCAAGGCCAGGUGCAACACAACCAGGCAGCUCCACGUCCUGUGCCUUUGCAUGCCGGAAGGCGUUGAAGUUCCUGAGUUUGCUGCGGGGGCUCCUGCGGUUCCUGAUGGGAAGAGGGGCUUGA